GUCACUCACUAGUUUUGUAGUGAUAAUAAUAUUCCAAAUUCAUUGAAAUGAAUUCUUCACACAAUUUGCAGCAGUAAAAUAUUUAUGAGCCAGAAUCUCGACAGCCCAGGAUUCGCGGAAGCGAAAAUGGACAUUUCGUCAGAGACGACAUCCCAAUCUCAGGAAUCUCCAGGGAUCACAUCUCCAGACGAUGAUGGAAACACAUUCCACCAGCCUUGUACAGCAAUAGUCAGUGAGGGGAACUCUAGCACUAGAAGUGGCCUCACACUCACCAACAGUCAUCCUUUGAUGUCGCCCGUCAUCACGGACAGUGACUCGGAAAAUGGUCACAAGUCCCCCUCCAAGUUUGCUUUCCCGGACGUCGUGCCGGCCAAAGAGACCACCCAGCGACUCAAGACGCCGCACACAUCUACUCCAAAUAAGGCCUCCUUAUGGGAAAGGAAAGUCAACUCCACGCUAACAGCAAAACUGAGCAGCCUCGACAUUGUGGACAAUCCCUGUGGACGGAAGAAAGUGUCUAAGGACUUGAGUCCCGACAGAAUGGCAAGCAGUGGAUCUGAGCAGGACUUAUCGCAAUAUCACGCCUCUGUGACGCCGUCCUUUCAGUCCGUGGCACUCGUCUCGCGGAUGGCAACAACAUCCAAUGACCAGCGAAGCCAGAGAAAAGUAUUAGUGCCAUCGGAUCUGCUUUCAGAUGUGUCGUCCGUUGAGUCACUCUCAAAUCGCAGCUUUGACGAUGCUUUUGAUCCCAAUGUCCUGUCCGGGAGUCCCGUGAGUUCGCUGUUUGACAAUAAUAUCUUCAACGAUGACGAUGAAUGCGUUGGAAGGGAGGAUCCGAUUGAUCCUUCCAAGCAAAAAAUCGUCCUUCCAGAUGGAAGAACCCGUGAGAUUGAUAUGAAAGUAAUUGAACCAUACAAGAGAGUCCUUUCGCACGGUGGAUACCUUAAGACUGCCGGACAGAAUGCCAUCAUUGUCUUCAGUGCUUGCUAUCUUCCAGAUAGAUCGAGAACUGACUAUCACUACGUCAUGGAUAGCUUGUUCUUGUACGUGGUUCAGACCCUUGAACAACUGAUAACGGACGAUUACGUGAUGGUCUAUCUUCAUGGCGGUUCUUGCCGAAGCAAUGUUCCUCCUUUUCAUUGGCUGAGAAAGUGCUACCAACUCCUCGAUAGGCGUCUGAGGAAGAGACUCAAAACUCUUUACAUGGUUCAUCCGACAUUCUGGCUUAAAUCGCUCGUUCUUAUGUCACGCCCGUUCAUAAGCUCCAAGUUCUGGCGCAAACUCAUCUAUGUGAAGAACCUAGAGGACCUGUGCGUAAUGGUGCCAGUGGAGAAAGCCGCUAUUCCCGAGAAAGUCAAGAGUUACAACACCAAAUGUGUGUGAUAAAGGAUAUUUUUCCUGAUUUCUAAUCUAAUUUGGUCGUACAAAAAUCUCAUUUCAUUUGAUCUCAAAGGACAAAAUGUCUGGCUUAUGUAUGCUGUUGAGUUCCUAUAUAAGUAAUUGUACAUAAAAUAGCUGAAAAUCUUGGUAAAUUGAUAAGAACAUGAAACUUUGAUGAAAAUAGGAAUGGAGACACAUCGAAAGUAGCGAGAUUAGCGAAAUAAUGAACUCUAUGCACAUUUCAAGUGUAUUGAUUAAUUAUACCAAAGAAAGUAAACCGUCUGUUAUAAGUUUUAGAGACAACUUCUAGCUAAUGAAAAUUUUUCAGUUUUCAUUUUAAAU